AUGCAGAAUGGCGAUGAGGAGCUGCAGACAGAAGUGCACGAGGGCAAAUAUAUUGUGAGCACGAGCCUGCAUGACCUGUCGAAGACGGACCCUUGCCAAGUGGCCGCCAGCAAGUCACAGUACACAUGCAACAAUCGAAACUACGGUAACCUGACAGCCACUAUUCGCAAGUUCGAUGCUCGGCUCGCCGAAAAGCUUCGUGAAAAUGACUCUGGCCAGGAGACUGUGUACGACGAUGACCACACGUGGAUCCAAGUUUUGCCACGUACGUUCGUCUACUCCGCGUACGUGGACGACUCGGAGCCGCAGGACUGCCAGGUGCGCAUCAUCAGCGUUGUGCCGAGAGACUCCGCCCAGGAGACGGCGGUGCAGUGCUGGCUGAGCAUCGGAUCAGCCGUUUUCCUGUCCGAGGCGAGCCUGAAGGUACUACCCGAACACCACGACCUCCCGUACGCGGCAGCGUUUUUCCUCUGUCCCGUUAAAUUCCCUUCCGAAGUGAGGAACCAGCCGAACAUGAGGGUUGCCCUCGGCACCAACUGGAACAUGACAUCGCCCAAGUGGCUCAGUGUGCACAACCGACGCAAGCACCCCCUCAAGUUCUGCUCCGUCUGCGUUCGUCCAAUGGUAGAACAUUACCGCGCGCUUGCGUCGAUUACGGAGUUCGUAGCCUACUACGUGUCGAUGGGCGCGGCGCAUUUCAACAUCUACCUGUGCCAGGUGCCGCGGGAAGUGGAGCUCCUGCUGUCGCACCUUCGACACCACGGAAAGGUAGACAUUCGGCUUCACCGGUGGAACUUGCCGCUGAACGACUCCUCCGUACUGGCGUACGGUCAGAUGGCGGCUAUUCAGGACUGCAUUUAUCGCUCUAGACUGGCCUCCGAGUACAUCAUUAACGUCGACUUCGACGAGUUUCUAGUCUCCAAGACGAGGAACAGGUUGACUGACGCGAUACUUGAAAUCGAGACCUCGGUCGGCAAGAACUCCUUGGGGAGUGUUUUGGUUAAGAACCAGUUCUUCUGCUACGAGUACCCGUUCAACGCUGCUUACCUCCGCCAGAAGCCGCCGAUGCUUUCUCGUAUUCUGUUCUUACGCGAAGCCAAUGUCUGGAAGCACUACGAGCGCUCAAAGUACGUCGCCAGAGCGGCAGCGGUGGUUUCGGGCGGAGUACACUUUGUUUGGGAGCACGCAAAAGGCGCGAGAGCAGUCGCCAUCUCUGAGUCGGUCAUGGUCAUGCACCACUACAGGUCAUGCUGCGGCGUCCGCAAGAGCAACUUCUGGGGUACCUCGUACUGGGAAUUUUUGGGCGAGGAGGAUGCGCUCGUUGACAAGUCGCUAUAUGCGAUUUCUGCGAGGAUGGCCUACUCGAACGUGGUCGCGUCUAUCAAAGAACUGAUGGAUGAAUCGUCAACCGAGCCACUAUUCUAUACUGACUGA